CUUCUUUACUCCGCCUUGAGGCUCAAAUAAUUUCACCCGCUCUUUCAAGCUGAUACUUCGACUUUCCAUACCGACGUUCUCCAAACGAAGGUGUUCAAAGGAUUUCGAAACGAUAAUGCAGGAAAUUUCUAUACAUGAGUACAUAAGGGCCAAGACAGCAACCGAAAGUCAUGCGACAAGUUCAAAAUCUAAUUUGCAAUUUAAUAAACGAAUCUCACAAUGCCCUUAUGGAAGGCCUAUUUCACCAGCACCUCCAAGAUCAGAAAGCUCUGGGGCUUACUCACAAAAACCAAUACCUGACAAAGACCUGCUGGAUGACUUUCUGACGAGGGCUUUCAAAGACAAAGCAGUCUCAUCUCAGGCUCUAUCACUGAACGGAAUGGUCCUCAAGGGAGGCAAACUCUCUCAACGACCAGAUACUCCAAUCCCAGUUACACGAAAUCCAGGGACUCGAGCGGGACCAUCAUUGAAUGCUCUCCGACUUCCCUCGAACAUAUCUAGCAAUCAGUUUGUAAAAGAAGAAGAGAAGCAAAGCCCGCAGUUUCCAUCCCGCAGUACGACCCCCAGCAAAAGGAGACGUACAGCUGGAUUCGGCGAUGAUCUUUACGACCUGGAUGAAGAUGGUGAUCAAAGCCCCAACGACAGCAUCAAGAGAUUCGCUUGCCCUUACUUCCGAAAGAAUCCCGAACGCCAUCUGGAAUGUAUCAACCUCAAGAUGGUCCGUAUCUCCGACGUGAAGCAGCAUUUGAAGAGAAGGCAUACAGCGCCUUACCCCUGUCCAAUAUGCUCUGAGGGGUUCUUAUCGCUGAACUUGCAAGGAAAUCAUAUUUUGCAACAGACCUGCUCCCCAGGAUCUGGAGCGAACUGGGAUAGUGUUUCGUUGGCUUCUCAGAAGGCCCUCCAGGCUCGCUUCGGGAAGAACCUUUCGCCAGAGGCACAGUGGUACGGGAUUUGGAAGAUUCUGUUUGGAACACCCCGUAACAUGCCGAAGCCACAUCUGGAUGGCGUCGUUAAAGAGGUUAUAGGGAUUCUACGCGGAAUUUGGCUGGAUGAGGGCCGACGACUGAUUUCUGAGUUCGUAGAGGCAAAAGACCAGCCGCCCAGCUAUAAUGAUCAACUGUACCGAUUACUUGCGGGGAUUCUGGAUGAGGUGGAGGCUCGCUUUGAACAAAAGCCUUCAGAAAGGAUUUCCAGAAAAACAUCUGUUGGGUCGGAACGAGGCCCCGAGGAGUCGACAGGAGUGCAGUUGGACACCAUCUUUGAUCCCACUACGACAGAGGAUCCAUUUCCAACAGAUGGCAGAGGAGGGUGCGUUCCAUCUUACAAUACUGCGAUCUUGCCUGUCAACUUCUCAGCUACGGCAUCAGAGGUCUCUGAAGUUUCCUAUCAAGCAUCAGAGUUCAGCUUCCCUGGAACGCAGCUGCUCCAGACCCAAUAUUCUUAUCCUGAUAAUCCCAUACCGGAGUUCGACUUUUGGGAUUGCAAUCAGCAGCAACCUAUUCCUAUGGACGGAGCUAUGUUGUGAAAUACGAACAACCUUUCAGUUAGCCUAAUUGACAGUACUACAGACCUUUAGAUUUAACCUUUACUUCACAAUCGUCAUAUCGGCUUGGGAGAGGUAGAUAUUUCAAAGGGAGCUUGGUGCAUCAUAUGGAUUACUGAUGGAACGCCUCAGUACCAAGAAGUGAGAAGGGUCCCAGUAAUACAGGAUUCUGUUAACAGAACGCACUAUAUAACAGUCAACAGGUUGUUCAACUAAGCCUGUGAAAUGAAGACUUCAA